UUACUCGUUCUGUGUUAGAGGACGAGGACCUCACCUGCUGGGCCUGCAGGUUUGGUCAUAGUAAGUUCCAUUGAUUCAUUUGAGAUGCUUUGAUGGAAAACUCUCUGCAGACAGCCGGGACAGACAGCCCGGAACAAAUAAUGGUGGGUGGACGCGGUGGGGCGGUGGGGAGUAGUCAGUCGUGCUGUCCUUACUCAUUGGUUGCCUCAGACACAGCAGCUCUCCCUCUCACCCCCAUAAAUGCGCUCCCACCACCGACCGUAGCAGAUAAUCACAGGCCACAGUGAGAGGGGCACACCUUCAGCUGAUUUUACCACAGUUUAUACGGGGAUGCGUUUUGGUUCACGAAAAGGUGCCAUCAGUUCAAGAUCUGAGUCGUGUUUUCAGCUUGCAGUUUCACCAUUUUUGCGACUUUUGUGCAUAAGUUACGAGGCUCCGCUCCAACUCGAAGAUGACUGGGGUUUUUGAGAACUUAAAUACCGAUAUGCAUUCUAACCAGAUUACCUCAAGCAAUUACCACAGCUUGCACAAAUCACAGGAGUCCCCGACUCUACCAGUGUCCACGGCGACGGACAGCAGCUAUUACAACAGCCAGCAGCCUGGCCAUUGCGCAGGGUCUCCAUUCGGCCAACUCGGCUCUUACCAGUACCACGGCAGCGCCACGAGCACUGUGCCAUUCAAUACAAAGUCCUACGACCUUAGUUUCAAUGCAUCUUAUAGUGCAUACAGCUCCUACGGCUCCAACUCCUCUCCUACUCCAGCAGAUACAGAGAAAGAAGAGAGCGAGCCAGAAAUCCGAAUGGUUAAUGGAAAACCAAAGAAGGUCAGGAAACCUCGAACCAUUUACUCCAGCUUCCAACUGGCUGCACUUCAACGGAGGUUUCAAAAGACGCAGUAUUUGGCUCUACCAGAACGGGCCGAGCUGGCAGCCUCGCUGGGCCUUACACAAACACAGGUGAAAAUCUGGUUCCAAAACCGUCGCUCUAAGUUCAAGAAGUUGUGGAAAAACGGAGAAAUCCCCCCAGAGCAACAUGCUGCUUCCAGCGAAUCUCCCCCCUGCACGUCUCCACCAGCUACUGCCUGGGACUUUCCACACACUCCAAGAAUGAACAGUGUCAACUCCAGUUUACCUCAGAGCAGCAGCCCCCCUAACACGGCGGCAUCUUCAUCGUUUUUGGCAAACUACUCCUGGUACUCAAGCACGAACUCUACCACACAUCUGCAGCCUCCUCUGGUCCAGCACCAUCACAACUCCGCCAUAAGCGCUGGGACGAUAUUCUGAAAAAAAAAAAAAGAAACAUCUGGUUUAAAUCGGACCAUACUGGUGAACAAAAAGAAAAUGCCAAUAUGUUCAUUUUACAGACCUCGU